AACGUCUGUUCUCGCAAUCUCACGCACCUGCCCUGUGUACUGUACUAGCAAUAGCAACUAUAGCAAGUUAAACUAAGCCUAUUUUUGUUUUUUUACCUCUCACUAAUGGUGUAGUUUUGUUUUUGAAAAGAAACUCUCAUUCUAGUUUGCUCAAGAAUGUCGUCAACUUCUUCAGACAUACCCACAGUUAGCUGUGUACCUCGAGAGGGUUUGAUUGAUACAGCGGUCCGCUUUCUUACCAAUCCUAAUGUUGUUGAUCGCCCUUUCCAACAAAAACAAUCUUUCUUGAAAAGUAAAGGUAUGACUAAUGAGGAAAUAAACAUUGCAUGCGAACGCGCCAAUGUCCACACUUCAGAGCCACGCCAGGAUGCUAUGAUUCCGAUGUAUGGCUUGCCACAACAUACUGUAGCUCCUCAGCCAACGAGUCUCUGGAUUCGUGUAAGGGAUGUCCUGCACACUUUUGCACUCUUAGGGGGUCUUGGCUACGUUUUAUAUUGGGUGUACAAGGCGUACAUAGAACCUUUUCUCUUUGGUCGUCCCAAACCUAAAAAGUCUACAGAGGAGAGCUUGGCUGCAAUAGAAGAUGCUGUCAGCAAUGUCAGUAGAUGCACUACUGAACUCAAAGCUGAAAUUCGAUCUGAGCUGAGUCGUAUUUCUCAAGAACGUGAAUCAGGAGCAACAAGAAGUUUGUCAGAUAUUAAAUCAGAUAUUGCUACAGUAAAAGGUCUUCUUCUUAACAGACAACAAUUUCCAAGAGCACCAAAUACGUCUUCUUUACGAUCAAAUCAGAACUCAAAGCCAUCCAUCCCGAUCUGGCAGAUGAGUUCAGAUCAGCAAAAUGAUCAGAAAGACGAGGAGGAGGGUAGUGGCGAUAAAGUAUUGCACAAUAAUAAUCCAGACCAAUCUUCAGUAGACUUCACCACGUCAACUGAUUCUCCCUCUAAACAUGAGACUAAUGGCAACCCUUCCAGUAGAAUUUUAAAUGAUUCAGUUGACAACAUAACAAAUGGGCAUAAUUCUGAGGUUUCUCAGUAAAAUCUACUGAACAAUCAUUGUUGUUUUUUUAAAUUGUAAGGUUUGUGAAUUGAGAAAAAUAGACAUGAAUCUGUUUGUACUGUCUAUUGUUGGUGCUAAAUUUGCCCUGUUUUCAGCCAUCUUCAACAACUGUAUCUUUUGCAUUUUUCUAUAAUUUUUUGAGAGACUGAUCUGUAUUAUGUAGUAGACAUUGACUGUCAUUCUCCUUUUUCAAUUUCUUUGCCACACUGUGUGUACAUUUUGUUAAGAGGUGCUGCUUGUUCUCUAGUCAAUGUGGAUUUUUAAUCAAGGUUUUGGUGUAUCACAUUCUUGUGAUUUGAUUUCCUUAGACCUCACAAGCUUAGACUGUUAAUUUAUAAGGGAUCAAAUUCCAUGAUUUUUAAAUGUAGUUUUAUGAACAUAAUUUUUUUUACUAUGAGUAUCCUGUUUAAUUCCAUUAUUUGAUUGAUUGUCUCAAUAUUUUGUUUACAACAGUAUGCUUAAGAAUAAGUCAAGUGACAUCAUUGAUGCAGUGGGUCUCUGCCACUUGCGCUAUGGGGCAGUGCACUUCUGCAAAGAUCAUUCCAAAAUAUAUUUACAUUAUGUUUGACCCUUUACUGAUACUUUUGGGGUGAAGGGAUUGGUGUGGUUUAAUUGAAAGGAAUUGUUUGAAGUAGCAUCAAUUAACAACUAGUUGCAAGCUCUGUAAUGUGUCAUUUGGUUACUACUUCGGUUUGUUUGACUUUUUGAAAGACAAUGACACACAACUUACAAUAAAUCAAAUGAACCACA